AUGAUGCUGGUGGUCCUGAAUAGCGUCGGCUUGAUCGACCUCCUUGUCAAGGUCUGCGAACUUUUCCCGGCCGGGGUCAGAAAACGCUACGAGCAAAAGCUACGUCAUGGUCUUGCGACAAUUCGAAGCCAUCUUCAAUACGCCGGCGGCAGCGGCCAAUUCGGCCUCACAGUCGUCCAUUUCGAGCGCGUCCACAUGCUCCACGGCCACGGCUUGCCCCGAGAAAGGUAUUUCUUGCUGAACUCUUGGCCUCGGUUGGAGUGGCUGCUCCCGUUCAAUGGCUCGGAGCUGUGCAUCGACUGGACAGGCCCGGUGACAGAUCUCGGGCCGAUUUGGAAUUUCGUCGAGUACUCCCUCCCCAUGACGCUGACGCACGACCAACGAAUUCGGGUCAUUUUCUGGCCACGCCUUCUCGUCGAGAUGCUUCGCCCCGACAUUUUCAACGGCUUCCGGAUGGUGCAGGGCAUCGAACAAGAUGAAAUUGUCUACAAGCUGUCGGAUGGGAAUACGAUGAAGCGUUCGGCCUCUACAUGCUCCUUCGAUGCGUGCGCCCCCACCUCUUCUCUGCGCCUCCUUCUCUCUGCACGGCCA